AUGCUCUCUUAGAUCUCUUUCCUAUGGAAUGUUUUCAUGCCAGGUAUCCUCCAUCCUAGGUGCAUUUCAGUGUACUAUGGUCCAUUUCUUCUUGGUUCGUUUUGGCAUCUGUUUGGAUCAUUGGCCAAAACCAAAUAGAAUAGGACUGUUAUUUCCCCUGCCAGCCUAGAAUCGCAUUGGCCUUUUUAGCUGCCGCACCACACCGUUGACUCAUGCUCAGUUUAUGCUCUCUAAGAUCACUUUCCCAUGGACUGCUUUCAUGCCAGGUAUCCCCCAUCCUGUGUGCAUUUCAGUGUAUUAUGGUCCUUUUCUUCUCGAUUCGUUGACUGUUAUUUCCCCUGCCAGCCUAGAAUCGCAUUGGCCUUUUUAGCUGCUGCAUCACACCGUUGACUCAUGCUCUCUUAGAUCUCUUUCCUAUAGAAUGUUUUCAUGCCAGGUAUCCUCCAUCCUAUGUGCAUUUCAGUGUACUAUGGUCCAUUUCUUCUUGGUUCGUUUUGGCAUCCGUUAGGGUUAUUGGCCAAAACCGAAUAUAAUAGGAUUGUUAUUUCCCCUGACAGCCUAGAAUCGCAUUGGCCUUUUUAGCUGCCGCAUCACACCGUUGACUCAUGCUCUCCUAGAUCCCUUUCCCAUGGCCUGUUUUCAUGCCAAGUAUCUUUCAUCCUAUGUGCAUUUCAGUGCAUUACGGUCCAUUUCUUCUCGAUUCGUUGACUGUUAUUUCCCCUGCCCUCCUAGAAUCGCAUUGGCCUUUUUAGCUGCCGCAUCACACCGUUGACUCAUGCUCUCUUAGAUCUCUUUCCUAUGGAAUGUUUUCAUGCCAGGUAUCCUCCAUCCUAGGUGCAUUUCAGUGUACUAUGGUCCAUUUCUUCUUGGUUCGUUUUGGCAUCUGUUUGGAUCAUUGGCCAAAACCAAAUAGAAUAGGACUGUUAUUUCCCCUGCCAGCCUAGAAUCGCAUUGGCCUUUUUAGCUGCCGCACCACACCGUUGACUCAUGCUCAGUUUAUGCUCUCUAAGAUCACUUUCCCAUGGACUGCUUUCAUGCCAGGUACCCUCCAUCCUGUGUGCAUUUCAGUGUAUUAUGGUCCUUUUCUUCUCGAUUCGUUGAUUGUUAUUUCCCCUGCCAGCCUAGAAUCGCAUUGGCCUUUUUAGCUGCCGCACCACACCGUUGACUCAUGCUCAGUUUAUGCUCUCUAAGAUCACUUUCCCAUGGACUGCUUUCAUGCCAGGUACCCUCCAUCCUGUGUGCAUUUCAGUGUAUUAUGGUCCUUUUCUUCUCGAUUCGUUGAUUGUUAUUUCCCCUGCCAGCCUAGAAUCGCAUUGGCCUUUUUAGCUGCCGCACCACACCGUUGACUCAUGCUCAGUUUAUGCUCUCUAAGAUCACUUUCCCAUGGACUGCUUUCAUGCCAGGUAUCCUCCAUCCUGUGUGCAUUUCUUCUCGGUUCGUUUUGUCAUUGGUUAGGAUAAUUUCGGACCAGGAUCCUAUCCGCUGGAGUAUUAGCGAUCCCUCCCAAUUGGGUGCCAAGCAUGCCUUCGAUCUAUUCCAUCAUGCAAUCGUUCUUAAAAGCUCCAAAUAGCCCUGCAUUCCCUCCAGGAUGCCUUUGGAGUGGGAUGCUGGAUCUUAUGAAUGGCCUGCAGCUCCAUCCCUGGGUUCACUCGGGUUGCCAUAGCUACUUAUUCUGCAACGGCAACGACGACGGAAGCCAUCGCCGGAGCAGGCAGGGAGUGCCGGGCUUCCUCUCGCCUUGCAACAAAAGAGCCGGGCGCCCAACCGUGCCGGGGUCACUGCCGUGGGUCCAGUGCGCAUCGAGCAAGGCUUUGGCAAGUAGGUCUCCCACAGGUGCAGCUCCUUCUUCCUCUGUGCCGUUCCUUACUCACCUGUUGCUGCUUUCUGUUGACGGCUGUUCUAGGAUGGCCCCGGCCCCGGCCUCCCGCCUCUCCCUCUUCCUGCUGGGCCUGAUGGCCGCCCAGGUCCGCUCCUGUCCGUCCACCUGCCGCUGCUACAGCACGACUGUGGAGUGCGGCUCCCUGGGCCUCAAGGAGAUCCCCAGCGGCAUCCACCCUUCCACACAGACGGUCUUCCUCCAAGACAACAGCGUGACGCAGAUCCACCAGCAAGACCUGGCCCCGCUGUGGGGCCUGCAGUACCUCUACAUGCAGAACAACACCAUCUCGGCCCUGGAGCCGGGCGCCUUCCGCAACCAGAACCGGCUGCUGGAGCUGGCCCUCAACGGCAACCGGAUCCACCUCAUCAACAGCAGCAUCUUCAAGGGCCUGGAGCACCUGCGCGUCCUCUACCUGGCCGGCAACCAGAUCACCCGGCUGCCCGACUUCACUUUCUGCGACCUGGAGCGCCUGCAAGAGCUCCACUUGCAGGAGAACAGCAUCGAGGCGCUGGAGGAGCAGGCGCUGGUGGGCCUGACCUCGCUGGCGCUGCUGGACCUCAGCAAGAACAACCUGCGCACCAUCAGCCGGGCGGCCCUGCGGCCCCUCAUCAGCCUCCAGGUGCUGCGCCUGACAGAGAACCCCUGGCGCUGCGACUGCUCCCUGCACUGGCUCAGCUCCUGGAUCAAGGAGGAAGGCCAGCGCCUCUUGGGCCCCUUGGACAAGAAGAUUGUCUGCUCGGAGCCGCCGCGCUUGGCCUACCAGAGCCUGACCGACGUCUCCGGCAACAGCCUGAUCUGCAUCCCGCCGGUGGUGCAAGUGGAGCCGCUGGAGGUCACGGCCCGGCUGGGGGACGACUUGCGGGUCUCCUGCCAGGCCUCGGGAUACCCGCAGCCGUUGGUCACCUGGCGCAAGCUGGCGCACUGGCGCUCAGGGACAGGAUCCCGGUCCGGUGGCUCCCGUUCGACGGGCGGCACCUUCGAGCUGAGCGAGCGCAGCGUGGGGGAACGCUUCGAGCAGUCGGACACGGGGAGCGGGAUGCUGUUCCUCAACAACGUGACGGUGUCCCACGCCGGGAAGUACGAGUGCGAGGCCUCCAACCCGGGCGGCACGGCGAGGGUCUUCUUCCACCUCAUGGUCAACCUCUCUCAGCAGCAGCAGCAGCAACAACAUCACCAGCAGCAGACGUCGAGGGGCUACCCGGCCUCGGUGGACAUCAGCCAGGAGCCCCUCUACGACAUGGAGAGCAUGGACUUCAACGCCCUCAGCAUGGCCACCCAGACAGCCAUCGCAGUGGCCAUCUCCCUGCUGGCACUGGUGGCCCUCCUCUUGGUCAUCAUGAUCUACCGCAAGCACCGCAAGCGGAAGAAGGCCAAGAAGGAGGAGAACAUCCUCUACGUCAAUGACUACUCGGAUGGGCCCACCACCUUCGCCCAGCUAGAGGAGUACCGGGAUGAGCGGGGCCACGAGAUGUUUGUCAUUGACCGCAACAAGCCCCUCUUUGCCACCUACAAGGACCCCCAAGGCCUGGCCGGGGUCUUUCCCGACCAACUGCAAGACCAAGCCACCCAGACGCUGGAAGGGGAAGAAGAGCGGCCCCCGGACACCAAUGAACUCUUCGCCAACCAGGGACUGAUGUUCCAGCCUCAAAUUGCUUAUGAAAUCCAUUGUUGAACCCCAAAAGAUGGAGCCUAUAUGAGUGGAGUGGACAUGCCCCCAUAUUGUGGAGGCCCUUGUAGCCUCCUCCGAUCUUAGACUAUGGGGUCCUUACAGCCUCCUUCCAACCUUGCAUCAUGGAGGUAAUUCUAACCUCCUUCCAACCUUGCAUCAUGGAGGUCAUUGUGGACUCCUACUGACGUGCAUACAGGCCCUUGCUGCCUCCUUCCAACCUUCUACCAGGAUGGUUCUUCUAGCCUCCUUCUAGUUCUUGUAUCAUGGAGUUCUUUGUGGAUUCCUUCCAACCUUCCACCAUGAAGGUCAUUCUAGCCUCCUUCCAACCUUGCAACUUGGAGGUCUUUGGUUUCCUUCCAACCUUGCACCAUGGAGGUCAUUGUGCUCUCCUUCCAACCUUCCACCAUGACAGUUACUCUAGCCUCCUUCCAACCUUGCAACUUGGAGGUCUUUGGUUUCCUUCCAGCCUUGCACCAUGGAGGCUAUUGUGGUUUCCUUCUAACCUUCCACCAUGACAGUUACUCUAACCUCCUUCCAACCUUGAAACUUGGAGGUCUUUGGUUUCCUUCCAACCUUGCACCAUGGAGGUCAUUGUGGACUCCUUCCAACCUUCCACCAUGACUGUUACUCUAGCCUCAUUCCAACCUUGCAUCAUGGACAUCUUUGUGGACUUCUUCCAACCUUGCAUCAUGAAGGUUAUGGUGGACUCCUACUGACCUUGUCCAUGGAGGUCCUUGCAGCCAACCUUCCACUAUGACUGUUCCUCUAGCCUCCUUCUCAUCUUGCAUCAUGGAAGAACUUGUGGCCUCCUUCCAAACUUCCACCAUGGAGGUUAUUCUAGCCUUUGUCCAGCCUUGCAUCAUGGAGGUCACUGUGGACUUCUACUGACCUUGUCCAUGGAGGUCUUUGCAGCCAACCUUCCACGUUGACGGUUAUUCUAGCCUCCUUCCAACCAUGCAACAUGGAGGUCCUCAUAGCCUCAUUCCAACCUCCGUCCCAUCUUUCCUUAAGGCAAUGGUGGAGGAAUUGGUGAUUAGUUUGUACCCCAGAAGUAGCAGAACACGUGUUCCUAGGACUGACCCCAAAAAGCAGAACAGAGAAGUUACUUCUGACGGGCGGACCUCAGUACUGCUAUGGCCAUUCCUUGGAGUAAACAUUAAUUCACCCCAUUUGUGGAGCAUUCUAGAUCCUCGUCACCAUUUUGUAGACUGGCAAAGCCUUUGUUAAAUUCUCUGCUCAGGUGGCAGAAAGCAUCAUCCGUUAUGGAACAUUGAAACGGUGUCCCCCGUUGAACGAGAAUGAGUUGCAUCUCGAAUCCGUGACAUUGAUUAAAUGCGUCGCCUUCUCGUGGGCUUUUGUCAUUGAACAGGUGUGGAUUUGCAACUCAUUGGAAGAGAAGAAAAACAAUUGAAGGUUGGAUUUGGAAACGUGGGGGCUUUGAAGGAUUUAGGACGCGGUGGAAUGCUUGACCGACUCACGCCUCCCUUCCCUGACCUUCGAGACACACUGUGGACAUCGGAACCCCUCUCGCAAGGGGGCAAAACAGGGCAUUUCUGUAUUUUUUCCCCAUUUGUUUCCUCCCCCCCCUUUUUGUAUUAUGUAGAAACAAGGACACAACCACAGCAUUCAUAGAAACUACCCAUCCUUCACAAUCACAUCCAACGGUGGUGCUACACAACGUGGUUUCCUCAAGGGACUUGGAAGCCGCGAGACGGCAGGAUCUGCCAAAGGAGGAAAAGGCAGAAAGAAUGCAUUUCCAAGCAAGGAGAUAAUAAAACGUAGCUGGCACCAGG